CCUGUCGGAGGCUUUACCCUUCAGCCGCCUCUCACGCUUCUGCGGAAGAGCACAGCCUGGGAUCCGGCCGGUACCGUUGUGAAUCCCACGCCCUCCAAUCCGAGGUGAGACCUGCCUUGCUGCGACCCCGCACCGACCCUCGGCAGAUGGCCGAUCCUUGGCAGGAAUGCAUGGAUUAUGCAGUAACCCUCGCGAGAAAAGCUGGAGAGGUGGUUCGUGAAGCUCUAAAAAAUGAGAGGAAUAUUAUGAUUAAAAGUUCCCCAGUUGAUUUGGUAACUGCUACUGACCAAAAAGUUGAAAAAAUGCUUAUCUCUUCCAUAAAGGAAAAGUAUCCAUCUCACAGCUUCAUCGGCGAGGAAUCUGUGGCCGCUGGGGAGAAAAGCAUCUUAACUGACAACCCGACGUGGAUCAUCGACCCUAUUGAUGGAACAACUAAUUUUGUACACGGAUUUCCUUUUGUAGCUGUUUCAAUUGGCUUUGUUGUAAAUAAAAAGAUGGAAUUUGGAAUUGUAUACAGUUGCAUGGAGGAUAAGAUGUAUACUGGCAGGAAAGGAAGAGGUGCCUUUUGCAAUGGUCAAAAACUCCAGGUUUCACACCAAGAAGAUGUUACCAAAUCACUCUUGAUGACAGAGUUGGGCUCUUCCAGAACACCAGAGACUCUGAGAAUUAUUCUUUCUAAUAUGGAAAGGCUCCUUUGCCUUCCCAUCCACGGGAUCCGAGGUGUUGGAACUGCAGCUCUUAACAUGUGCCUCGUGGCAGCUGGAUAUGCAGAUGCGUAUUAUGAGAUGGGAAUUCACUGCUGGGACGUAGCCGGUGCUGGCAUUAUUGUUACUGAGGCUGGUGGAGUCCUCAUGGAUGUAACAGGUGGACCAUUUGAUAUGAUGUCACGAAGAAUAAUUGCUUCAAGUAAUAAAACAUUAGCAGAAAGGAUAGCCAAAGAAAUUCAGAUAAUACCUCUUCAAAGAGAUGAUGAAGAUUGAUUAUAACAGCUUCACAUAUUCAAUCACAGUUGCAUCUCUCCAGAUUUGCUGAUGGUGUUACAAAAUUCAGGACAUCUGUUUCACUUUUAUGAUAUGAUUGGCUUAAAUUAUUUGCAAAGUCCAGAUUAAAAAAAUUGCUACUUGUUUUGUAUUUUACUAAGAGUAGGUAUGCAAGAAUGGAUGAAAUGUCUAUUUCAUUGUUUUACAAAUUUUUGCGUGUGAGAAUGUACUUUAGGAAGAAUACACAGUUGACGAGAUAAGUUGACUAUCAACUGAAAUAGUCAAUUAGCAGUUUAGAGUUUCUAAGUAUUUAUGAGCCUCUGAAAUUUUGACUUAACUAUUUAUGUGCAUAUGCAUUCUUAAUUAGAAAGUUAUCUUUUUGGAAACAAUUUUUCCUUUAGUUCCAAAAGCCAUGUUUAAUUGAAUUUGUAAGAAGUAUAUUAGUACUUCCUAGACCAAGGUUUCUUCCUUUGUAGAGAACCAGUUUUAUUCAUCAGUGUACGUGUAGCACCAAGGAUGGCACCUGUCAAAUAGUAGGCAAUCCAAAACUAAGCAUUGAAAGAAUGAGUAUUUUGAAGGAAUUGCUACCUUCAGUUCCUAGUUGCUGCAUAAAGUAAUGAGCUCAUCAUUCUGUAAUUUACUUCACGUUUGGAAGUAAAAACUAUCUAGUCAUUUUAUAUUUCACAUUACCAUUCCUUUUAACGUUUCAUAUUACCGUGGCAUUUCAAUUACUGUACCUUUGAUACUGGUUAUUAUUGUGGGCAUUUCUGGAGUUUAUAUAUUUUUUAAAACACUGCAUUACGGUUAUUUGUUUGAAUUUCCUUUAAAUCCCUAUAUAAAGGAGAAGAAAUGGUUUCAAAAAAGCACCUUCAUCAGGAAUCUGAUGUAACUUGAUACUGUAUGACACUUUACCAAAUUCAGUAUUCAUGUUUUAAGAUGUUGAGACUAGUCCAGUUGAGCACCGGAAACCUGGCCCCUGGCGGAUACAUUGCAUUGUUAAUAUUGCACUGUUUGUUUCUUCCCCAAACUCCUUAUUUAAUUCUGUUGCCACUGGAUUCUAUUCAGCCUUUUAACUAUUCCUUAAUCAUCUUUGGCUUAUCAAACUCAAAAAGAAAAUUGUCUGGUUCAUCAAUAUUUUUAAAAGAUUAAUUUAUUGCUAGGUCUUGUCCCUUGGCAUGUGAACAGACUAUUAAAGUUUUAUAGGCUCAUGUGAGCCUGAAAUUUGAUGAAACAGAAAGUGCUUCUAUAAAGUUUCCAAGACGGGUUAUUUUAUUGUGCGCAUCUAAUACAGUAAACACUUACGAACCUAAGAUUUGAGUAUUAUAAUGACUUGCAUCUCAUAUAUUAUUCUAAGACAGGUUGUUCUGCAGUUAAAUUUAUUGUAAUUAGGAAGACUAUCAUGAAUAUAAUUUUAAAUAAAAAGUGUAACUGACCCACUGCUUUUAGGGGAUUUGUUUUGUUGUAACUAUUUGACACUUGCAGUUGUGAUUAAAUAUAGGCUCUUG